AUGAGUUCUGCUAUUAAAAAUCAAAGACUGGUAUUCUCUAGUGAAUUACCAGAAAAUCCUAUGGCAACUAAGAUGACAUUAAAGUAAGACAAAACUUGUGGGGGAAGACUUAGAUGGAAUUUAAUUAUCAAUGUAGUAAUGAUUGCAAUGGCAGGCUUCCCUUUCUACCUUCCCUUAGAAGCUACUUUGGGAGUUAACUGUUUCUAUGCGUUGUUAUGGAUUUUAUUUAUAUUUUUGGCUGCCAAUACAUAGUCAAAAAUCCAUUAAACUAUGAAAAAGGUUUCCAAUAACUCUUAAUAGCCUCCAAAUCCUACACCUAUCAAAUUCAUCUUGAUGACAUUUAUUUACAAAGAACCUUUAGAUUUACUAGUAAAAACACUACAAAACAUUCAACAGCAAAGAAUAGCAAAAGAGAUCAUCAUGGUUGUUUGCAUGGAGGAAAAAACUCCAGAGAAAGAAACUAAAAUUGAUGCUGUUUUUGAAUAAUUCAAAGACUGUUUCGAUCAACUCAUAGUUACUAUACAUCCUUAUGGAACUCCUGGAGAGAUUCCAGGUAAAUGCUCUAAUACUAAUUAUGCUAUUAGAUCUGUAUUGGCUCAUUUAAAAAACAAAAAUCCUGAUUUUGACCCAAAUAAGUACUUUGUUACUAAUUUUGAUGUGGAUACAUUAUUUCACAAAAGCUUUCUUGAUAUUUAAAUGAUGAACAUCCUGAAAGAGAAGGACAGAAACAAUUUUGUUUGGUAACCAGUCUUAUUUUAUAACUGGGGACUUGAUAAACUUAGUUUUUUCACAAGAAUUACAGGAUUGGCUAGAAACAUGUUAAUGAUGGGAGCCUUAAUUCCUUUAAACAUAAAUAUCAUGAGUGUCUAUACUGCUUCUUUAUAAUUGCACAUAGAGGGAGACUUUUGCCAUCCAGCAUAUUAGAUGGAUGACAUAAUCUGCUUUAUAAGAUGGAAGACUUUAAGCAGAAGAGCUCUUAAGAUAAAACCUAUAUACUGCCCUACUAUUUCUGGACCUACUUCUGGUUCAAAUAUGUGGUAAGAAUUCAUUGAAUGGAUCAGAUAGAAUAGGAGAUGGAGUAUAGGGUCAGCUGAAGCUUUCCAUUAUUUUGUCAUUAAAGCUCCUAGAAUAAAGUUUUGUUCAGCCUUUAUCUGGGCCUGCAAUUAUCUAAACUAUUAUGCCUCCUUCAUUUGUGUUUAAAGCUUAUUAUUGAUUACAACUACAAUAAGGCUCUUUGCAAUGGAAACUGAUCCUAAUUUAUAAUAAUAUUUUUGUAUCCCUUUGGGUGUCGUUUAUAUCUGCCUUUUUUGCAUGAUGGUUAUGAAUAAAAUCGCAGUGAAAUAUCUACUCAAGGAUAUUGUUGUUGAAAUUAUACCAAUUUGGAAAGAUUUCAUUCAUUGGAUUUUAAGUCUCAUAGUUAUGGUUGGGUAUGGACUAAUAGUGUGUUAUGGGUACUGGGAAAUUUUCUUUUGUGGCAAAGGAGUCUGUACUCAUGAACCUUCAAAGAAGAAAGUACUUGAUGCAAUUGUUUAACGUAAAGAUGAAACUGUCAUAGAGAUUCAUCAAUAAGAGAAUAACAUUUGA